AUGACAAAAUCCGCACCAUUCAUCUCCAUCCCAGGAGUGCCCAACUUUCGAGACAUUGGCGGAACUCCCAUCGCCUCGCAUCCUGGAAAGGAGGUUCGGCGCAAUAUUGUCUUUCGUUCGGCCCGGCUUGACAAUUUGACUCCUAGAGGGAAAGCAAAGCUAGAGAUGCUCGCCAUUUCUCACACGUAUGAUCUCCGCUCAACACAGGAGCUUUCCUCCGCAAGAUCCUACGACAGAAGCAAGCUGAUCUGGUCGGGCACAACAACUCGAGUGUCCGCGCCAGUGUUCGUGCCCGAGGAGUAUGCCCCUGGUACUGUCGUUGCGAGGUUCGCAAAGCACGGGGCUAGUUGCGAGGGAUUCGCCGAAGCCUUCUCGGAUAUUCUCUUCUCGGCAACCCAUGCUCAGAAUAGAGCGCGCCCCUUUGCAACCAUUCUUGAGCAUUUAUCUUCUGAUACUAACCCUCCAUCUCCUAUGCUAAUUCAUUGCAGCCUAGGAAAAGACAGGACGGGCGUCAUCUGCGCCCUGAUUCUAUCUCUCUGCGGUGCGAGCGAUGAGGCCGUGGCCAAGGAUUAUUCCCUCUCGGAAAAGGAGUUGGACGAUCAUCUUCCAUUACUUGCUGAUAAACUUUCAGGCAACCCGGCUUUUAAAGGGACUCGUAAGGAUGCAGAAAUCCUGGUCCGAACGCGAAAGGAGAAUAUACUUUGCUUUUUGAUGAAGCUUCGAAAGAAGUACGGUUCGAUUGAGAAGUGUGUCAUCGGACAUAAGCUUCUCAAGGCCGAUGGUAUCGCUCGACUGAGACGCAACAUGAUUGUUGACGCCUCCAAGAACUAUUCGAUUGCCGAUAAUUUGGAUGAGGAGGAUCUUGCGUGA